UGUCCUGUGGCUCAGGCGUGCAGCUUCCACAGCAGGCUGGUUUUCCAACAGUCCCUUCUUUGUGUUCCUUCCCACUGAGCCCAGAGCCACUCUUCAACAUCUGCACAUGACUGAUUUUUUUUACAUUUCUGACCUGAUGAUGAGAAGACUGUUUAGGAUCUGUGUCAUAUCAGCGCUUUUUGCAUGCUAUGUGGUGUUAAGUGGUGCUUCAGAACAUGAAGAGAGAAAAAGUGAACAAUUUCGAAUCCCCGACAAGAACAGCAGCAGCAUCAAGGUGAAGGGAAAUUACACAAGUGCUAAAGACAGGAGGCCAAAGGCUGUGAUUCCAAGAAAGAAAGUCAAAACAGGAAACAAAAGAGUGUCCAUGGGAUCGAGAAGGGACAUCAGCUGCACCAGACUGGGAGGCAUCUGCCAGCCAACCCGAUACAUAUGCCAAGGCCGAUACCUCAAAGGAAGGUGUUCAGGGAACAAGGUGCAGCAGUGCUGCAUGCCAGUCCAAGCCUGGAGUGUCCUUUGUGCUGGUCACCACAACAGAGUGAGGGCCUGUGAUGUGCAUGGCUGUGGAGCUUUCAACUCCCAAAGAGUUAAUGGCCUCCAUAAAGCAGUGGACCUUGUAUGUGAUGACUAUUCUAUCAUCAACACACCAUUUUCAGGCUCUCUGGCUGGUCCAGUGAGUCGGAAAGACCCAGCUGGUAAUCAGUUUGAUGGAGUCAAACUUCUCAGUGAUGAACACUGUGUGAAGAUCUUCAACAUCCGUCCUUACCGUUACUUCGGCCCGGUGACUCAAGGAGAAGCCUUGGGCUAUUUACUGCCACUGCAAGAACGCUUCUCUGGCAUCACAUCACACCUGGAGCUGCAAAUGUGUGAUGGUACUGAUCCUUCACCCUUCAUAUGAACUUCAUUCAAAUUUAACCUUGACUCAUUGCAUUUUUUGCAUGUGAUGCAUGCCCCUACAUAUAAAAUCCCUAAUGAUAAUAAGGGCUUAUUUAGACUUAUUUGCUUUACUUUGAUCACCUCUUGCUUGGCUAACUUUUUGUAAGUGUUAAUUUUUCUAUAGCCAUAUAAAUGUUGCCCUCUAUAUGUACAGCACCUCAAAGGUACACUGUAUUGCUUUUCUUUAAUAACAGAGACUUUUUUAAAACACAUAAUUCUUAUAAACUUGUGAUGAGCAGCUUUUCAGUAACUGACAACUCUCUGUCUCCAUUUCUCAAUUUUUACGAUAUUUUAAAGUUUUUUUUAAUACUCU